AAAAAAAAAUUAUAAAAAUAAAAGAAUUAUCAACGGUUCAGAAAUGACGAUCCAGUGGAAAAAUAAUAUUUACCUAGACGUUUUCAUGAGUAAUUAUAAUCGUAAUAGCGAAUAAUGAACGUUAAUAAAUGACUGUAAGAGAUGGUAAAGGGCAAUUCCAGCAGGAAAAACGGAUGGAUGAGAAUCAGAUACAGAACGUUCUUCGUCGUCGGCAUCCUCAUUCUUUCCUUCCAGAUUUUAUUAGCAGUGAAAUUUCUGUCUAUAAAUAACAUAAACAAGCCAUCCGAUGAUCAACAAGUAAACGAAUUGCCGUUAUCCGGCGAUUUAGACGGAUCGAACAAGAAUAUCAAAGCUUACGAGUCCUUCCAUAACCUCCACCCUAAUCCGAAUUCUAAUAACAACAACACGCAUUCGUUAAAGUAUGAAGACUUAGAUUUCACUCCGGUUUGUCACAUAAACGCCAAAGAAGCAGUAUCUGCGAUAAAUAGGGCUAAAACACAGUACUGUAAAUACCUGUUGGCUAACAUUACCUGUUUGUCGGAGAUUAACGAUUUGUACCCGAAGAAAUUGAAAAGUACUUGUUCUUCAGUGGGUGUUUCUGCUGGAGCGGAUUUAGGUUGUUACAAAGACGAAAGGAAUUUCCGAUUAUUGUCCGGGUAUUAUAAGAUCGACAAAAAAGAGAACUCGCCACAGCAUUGCACUAAAUUGUGUUUACAAUCCGGGUUUCCUUACGCUGGUGUGCAAUACGGGAGUGAAUGUUUCUGUGGAGCAGAUGAACCUCCCCAAACGUCCAAAGUUCCUGAUUCGUCCUGCAAUUUCAAAUGCCCGGGAGAUGUACGUUCGACUUGUGGAGGAUAUUACACUAUGAAUGUUUACCAUACGGGCAUAAAAAAAUUCGUUCCACAAAACGCCCUUACAGAUGGCAAUGUUACAAAUGGUACCAAAGAAACAGCUAAAAUUGCCUUCUUAUUAACCUUAAAUGGUCGAGCAUUGAGGCAAGUGAAGAGAUUGUUGAAAAUUUUGUAUCACAAGGACCACUAUUACUAUAUACAUGUAGAUAUAAGACAAGACUACUUAUACAGGGAGCUACUUAAACUAGAAAACAGUCUACCGAACAUCCGUUUAACCAGAAACCGUUUCGCAACAAUAUGGGGAGGCGCUUCCCUACUGCAAAUGCUCACGUCCUGCAUGCGGGAAUUGUUGAACAUCGACGAUUGGAAAUGGGACUUCGUAAUCAACCUCAGCGAGAGCGAUUUCCCCGUUAAACCUGUGACGGCGCUGGCGCGGUUUCUCGCCGCUAACCGGAACCGCAACUUCGUCAAAUCGCACGGCAGGGAAACCCAACGAUUCAUCCAGAAACAAGGUCUGGAUAAGACGUUCGUCGAAUGCGAGCACAGAAUGUGGCGAAUCGGCGACAGGAUUUUACCGUCCGGCAUACAAUUGGACGGCGGUAGCGAUUGGGUGGCUCUGUCGAGGAACUUCGUGCGUUACGUAUCUCGAACUCGUCCGGACGCCGACGAGUUAAUCGCCGGUUUGUUGAGGAUAUUUAAGCACACGUUGCUUCCGGCCGAAUCGUUCUUCCACACGGCCCUCCGUAACUCUAUUUUCUGCGACACCUACAUCGACAACAACCUGCACGUGACGAACUGGAAGCGGAAGUUGGGCUGCAAGUGCCAGUACAAACACGUGGUGGAUUGGUGCGGGUGCAGCCCCAACGAUUUUCGGCCGGACGAUUGGUUCAAAAUCCAAAACACCCUGUCGAAAAGGGUGUAUUUCGCUAGGAAAUUCGAGCCGAUCAUCAACCAGGCGGUCGUGCUCAAAUUGGAAUUGUGGCUGUACGGCUUAGAUAAGCCCAAUAGGAACGUGUCGAAUUUGUUGGGCUAUUGGGAGAGCGUGUGGCAUCGGAAUGACUUGGACGCUCUACGAAACGACGGGUUGCUCACCCUGUCGAAUAGCGCGAGAAGAAAUUUAAUACAUUGUGAUACGAGCGUAGAACUAAAAUUAGUCGAAAUAACUUCUUAUUUAUACAACGACUCUUACUUAUACACUCUAUUUAAGUUCGAAUACAACACUUCGAAUAACGCCAGUUCGGAAAUCGAAGUGGCCGUCGAACCGAAACGACAACGGUUGUCGUUGGUUAGGGACUGCGAAGGUUGCGAAAGUCUGACCGACGACUUGGAUUCGUUGGUAAUCGGCAGCGAUUACGAUCAAAAGGAGAGGAUUUGCAGGAAUUUUGCGGGGGUGUUGUCGGCGUACUCCGAGCCGGUGCUCGCCUAUUCGUUCAAACGCUGGCCCGAUAACAACGAGGUGUACAAUUUGAGCGCGUUGUGGAUCGGUCCCGACGGGGAAUUGUACGGCGUCGGCGCGUUCUCGGUGGACGGGGCUUCGCUCGUUGGACACUCCAAGAGCGGAUUGCAACAACCUAUUUUGCCAGGCAUUUGGACGGUAAAAGUGCUGCAUAAGAACGCCAAAGUAGCGCAACUGGAAUUUCCCAUACUUCCAAUGGAGUCCUACAACGGACAGCCGGUGGAUAGCCGUCAACUGGCGUAUCUGAAUGGCGGUUCGAAAUAUUCCGGCGAAAAAUUCUACAACGAAUUCGGGAAGUUCUUGCCGUCGGCGGAACGGAGGCGCAGCCGGCGCUCCGCCAGCCUUCGAAAUACGCGGAAGAUCGGCGAGGAGUUGUGGAAAUGGUCGGACGAGCUAGUGAGCGGGUUUUAUGAAAUUUCGAAGCGGUGCGUCGACUCGGAAUCGAUGGAAAUGUGCGGGGAGAUUUGGGAGAAUUGCCGUAGGACGAAUUGGAGUUCUCUGGCCGAUGAUCCGAAAAGUGCCAUUAGGAGUAUCAACGAGGCGACAGGUUCUUUCGAUAUUUGGUAGAUGGUUUAUUGUCCAUUCUACCCUCGUCUACACUUCUACUCUCCUAACUUCGUCGAUAAAGGAGAAUUAAAAUAACAUUUGAGACUGUCGCUUGAAGAGAAAAUUUUCUACGAAUCUCAUCCCCAAAAAAAUCAUCAGUGGGUUUUGGUUUCUGGAAAAUCUGAAUCGUAUUCCAUAAAUUUAAGAAACACUGGAAGAUUGAAAGACGAGAAAAUACCGCUGGUUUUUUUUGGAGAAGAAUUUCGUUCGUGUUUAAAAUGCGUUACUUGUUAAAAAAGACUUUAAUUUAAAGUCUAAACUAAAAGACACUUUAAAAAAGAUGUUAUAUCAAAUGAAGCAA